AUGGACGACAGCGCUCCUGGCCAAGAUGGAGACUCAUCUGAUUCGACUACGAAGAACGCGGUGCCUGUUAUCACAAUCUCUCCGGUAGGCGAGGUCAUUCUGGACAUGACGUUCGAGAACUCUCCAGAAACUAUCAAAGCCGCGAAGAGAUCGUACCAAAAAGCCAUCAAGAGGCCUGGGGCGACCCGUGUCCCGGAGCCCAACUUAAAUCCUCGGGUUCGAGUCGCUUUCCGGGUUGAAAUUGAUGUCUUGCGGAAACAUUCCAAGUAUUUCGACAACCUGCUGGGCAACAAGCAAUUCGCCGAAGCUCGGCUCAUUGAGGACGCCUUGUCCCGGCUAAACCUCGAGAAUCUCAAGGCCCAGGACGAAGACCCGUCCGCUCUUCCAUGGAUCCCCAUCACAGACGAUGACGAGGCCACCAGGUCUGUGGGCCGGGAAAAGGUUCUGGGAGAUAUGCUAAGGAUCCUCCACGAUAAGCCCGUACAGACAGGCGCCAGCGCGAUCAAUAUGCUCUACGUCACAACUCUCGCCGUCCUCGCCGACCGUUUUGAUUGCCGCCGCACAGUCUCCCGGUAUCUGGGCCGCAACUUGAAGUUCAAGUGGCCCGUGACGACCAACGGUAGAAGCAGUAGCAGCGGUAGCGGCAGCGGCAGCGGCAGCAAUGGUAACAGCAGCAACCAAGUGUCCUUGAGGCCGUCUGACCAGGCCAAGAACAGCCUCGCCAACGAGCAGCUGCUGCGCCAGAAGAUUCUCGUUGCCUGGCUCCUCGAGCAGCCCCUGAAACUGCACAACGUCACCCGAGAGAUCACCAUGCGCGGAUCGGUCCUCUGGAGCGCUCUCGGGCCGCCGGAAGACGCCCCCCUUACGGAAGCAUGGUGGGAGCUCCCCGAUGGUCUGGAGCGUGAGCUCCAAUACCGCCGCGAAGCCAUUCUAAACACCAUCGCUUCGAUCCAGCGACACUUUCUCUCCCUCUACUCGUCGCGCGAGCGCCAGUGCAAACUUGGCUACGACUCGUCCUCGGCAUGCGAUCUGUUCCAGCUAGGCCAGAUGCUCAAGUUCUUCACGGGGAAAGGACUGGUCAGCCUACUUGACUUCGGACCCAGCUCGCUCGACGCCCUCUCGGACCCGGCAGCUUCCGCCUCUCUCAGCUCUCCCUCUGUCGGUUCUUCCCCCGUCUCCACGACUACGACUUCGACAAUGAUAGUUUCCGGUCAGGUCGAUGUCGACGACCUCCUCGCCACCCUGCGCCAGUGCCCAGCCUACCAGGUCGACAAAAACCACACCAACUGCGGUCUGCGCACGCGCAUCGAGCCCAUCGUCGACUACGUCCAGGCCAUGCUGUCGUCCAACGUCGUGUCCGUAUCCCACACCGAGUGGAGCCGAAAUCGCGCCGCUUGCUCCUGGGCCGCCAGUGCCAGCACCGAUCGUACCGCUGACGGGAUAGAUGCGGCGGCAGCCAGCAGGAGAGAGAGGAGGACGUUCGCGUUCACGAGGAGCUUGGCCUUCGACCAGAGGCUGAGGUACGAAGGAGCCCUUUAUGCCGACAAGAUGGCUCGGCAGCUGUUCACCGCGGAUGGGUGGGAUUGGACCCCGGAGUAUUGA